AUGGAUGUCAAGGAAGAUACUCUGCAGUUCCUUGGCUUCAGUGGCAUAUACACGGAAGCCUACAAGAUCAUCGUCUCAUGGAAAAAGAUUUUCACUCAAAUUACUCUAGCAAUAUUGUUGCCUCUGUCUCUCAUCCUCUUUGCUCACAUUGUAUUUUCCUAUUUUUACUUCGAAAGGCUUGUUGGCUACAACUACUGGAUAUACAAUACUGAGUACAACCGAGUGGGUCGAGAAUAUUACAAGAAGUCCUUUGAUCUUGCUUCAUCUGAAUUAGUAGCCUUUUGGCUUUUCAACAUUGCAUACCGCACUUUUGCUCUUACUUUCUCCUGUCCAUCAACUUUUGUUGUGGUUUUCAUGAUCUCCUGCAUCUACACUGGCCGCGAAGAGGAUGUCACCUUCCGAAGAGUCAGGACUAUUGUUCCCAAAGUGUGGAAGAGGCUGAGAGUCACUUUUUGGUGGGCGUUGCUCACUUUCUUAUUGUACUAUUGUUUCACAGCUCUAGGCCUUCUUGCAUGGGGAUAUUUGUUGGGAUCGGCUAAUAAUGCUAGUAAAAUCGCGGUGAUCAUUCUUUUGAUCUCUUUCGGGACAGGGUUAAUGUACUUAAUGAGUGUGUGGCAGAUUGCAAGCGUUGUGUCGAUUUUGGAAGACACACAUGGGAUUCAAGCAAUGAGAAGAAGCAUUGAGGUUAUAAAAGGCAGGAAAUUGAUGACAAUGCUCAUCUUGUUCAAGCUCAAUUUAUUUCUCUUUUUCGUGCAAGUGGUGUUUGAAAUAUAUGUUGUGGACGGUCAGCUUCUGGGGAUUUGGCCUAGAGUGGGCUUAGGAAUUUUGUGCCUGGGGUUAGUUCUCUACUUAAACAUCUUAACGUUGGUCAUCCAGACUAUUAUUUACUUUGUCUGCAAAUCGCGUCGAUACCAUGAGAAUAGUACUGGGAAAACAGCAUUGUCUGAUCAGUUAGAUGGUUAUCUAACUGCUCUUUUGACGGCCGACAAGGAUGUUGAGCUAGCUGCAGUCUGA